AUGGUGCUGCCCCCUUGCCCCAUGGCGGAGUUCGUGGUGCCGCGGCACAGCGCGGUCAUGGAGCGGCUGCGGCGGCGCAUCGAGCUCUGCCGGCGGCACCACAGCGCCUGCGAGUCCCGCUACCAGGCCGUGUCCCCGGAGCGCCUGGAGCUGGAGCGCCAGCAAACCUUCGCCCUGCACCAGCGCUGCCUGCAGGCCAAGGCCAAGCGGGCCGGCAAGCACCGCCAGCCGCCGCCGCAGCCGCCGCCGCCCGCGCCGCCGCCGCCCGCCGCGGGCAGCGCCGACAGGAGCGGCGCCAACGGGCUGGACGGCGAGGCGGCGGGCGGCGAGCAGCACGGCCGCAGCAGCACCCUCAUCGCGCAGCUCCAUGAGACUGUGAAAAGAAAGCUUGAUAGUGCUGCUUCCCCUCAGAAUGGAGACCAGCAGAAUGGCUAUGGUGACGUGUUUACUGUGUCUAAGAAACUACGUCGUGAUGACGGUCUUGGUGGAGUGAGCGGUUCUUCUAAUGGGAUGCCGCCUGUUUCUCCACUGCAUCACCUUGACAAGAAGUCUUCCAGCACAGAUACCUUACAACUCAAUGGAAAACAUUCAGUGGGACUCGAUGGCAUUAGCAAGAAGGGUCUUCCAGAUUCCAACCUGCAGAUGAAUGGAGGUGGUGAUGCUGAUGAUUCGUUUCCUUUGAGUUUGAACAAAGAACUCAAGCAGGAGCCUGUAGAUGAUCUUCCUUGUAUGAUUGCUGGAGCAGGGGGUUCUAUUUCUCAGAACAACUUGAUGCCUGAUCUUAAUCUUAAUGAGCAAGAAUGGAAGGAGCUUAUUGAUGAGCUUAAUAGAUCAGUGCCUGAUGAAGACAUGAAGGAUCUCUUUAAUGAAGACUUUGAAGAGAAAAAGGAUGCAGAUUCUUCAAAUUCAGCUGCACAGACUCCUUUGCCACAGGAUAUUAACAUAAAGACUGAGUUUUCCCCAGCUUUUGAACAGGAACAGAUGGGAUCUCCACAGGUUAGAUCCACUUCUUCAGGUUCAGCAUUUAUGGGUGCUGCUUCUGUGCCUGUAAGUGCUGCUUCUCCAGCAGUUGGUAGUUCUCAGGCAAUGUUUCAACCUUCCAGUCAGUCGAUGACUGAAAAUCCCAGCCAGCCCAUGAUGCAGGCAUCAAACCACUCUCAGAACGUCCAGAGGCCUCUCCCCAAUGUGCUGUUACCUGGGAAGGGCACAGGAAGUGCCAAAGAAAUGUCCUCUGCUCAUCAACUUCAGCAGAUUGCUGCCAAGCAGAAGAGAGACCAGAUGCUGCAGAAUCAGCAACAAGCUUCACAAGUCCACCAGCCUAAUCAGAUGUCCAGCUGGCAGCAGUCUGGGCCAUCUCACAGUCCGCUGGCUGUCCCAUAUAACAUGGAAAAUCCCACCAGUCCUUCAGUUUACCAGCCCGACUUCAACAAUCAGAAGCUCAUGAUGUCUAAUAUGGGAAAUAAAAGCUCACCAAGAGCUGGAGGCAAUUAUCACGUGGGUAUGCUGGGUCAUCAGCAAAACAGCUUGAACCAGAACCCUGUGAGUAAUCAGGGCUCCAUGCUGGACUACGGAAACACCAAGCCUCUUUCCCAUUACAAAGUGGAAUGUGAGCAGGGAGUUACGUUACCUGCUCAGAACAAGACUUCCAUGCUGGCUUACAUACAGCAACGGCAGCAGCCGCCGUUGCCGCACGUGAGCGAUGACCAAAACGGGAUGAUCCUGCUGAAGCCAAAAUCUGGGAACAUUGCCUACCGACCUCUCCUUCCCCACAGUCAGGAUCAAACCUCUUCUGCUAAUGUUCCUCGUGUCCCUGUUUCUGUCCCGGGUCCCGGUGUUGGUGCCCAGGCUCCUACAGUGUCCAUGGCGGGCAACCACAGCAGCACACCCUAUCUCAGCAACCAGCAGCAAGCAGCGGUGAUGAAGCAGCACCAACUGCUCAUGGACCAGCAGAAGCAAAGGGAGCAGCAACAGAAGCACUUGCUCAUGGAGCAACAGAAGCAGCAGUUCCUAAUGGGACAGAGACAGCAACAUCUUCUCGCUGAGCAGGAGAAACAGCGGCACCAGCAAGAGCAGCAGCUGCAGCGGCACCUGACUCGGCCACCUCCCCAGUACCAGGAUCAGCCACAGAAUCCUUAUCAGCAGCAGGUUGGGCAGUUCACAGGGUCAUCUUCAGCCAUGCCUGGGGUAAGUAAUUUAGGACAGUCCAACUCGAGCAGCCCGCGGAUGUUUCCUCAGACGCAGAACAUGAUCCCGAUGGGAGGCGGGCACAGCUCCGUGGCGCCGCUGCAGUCGGGCUCCGGCCCGCAGGAGCGGGCUGUCACCCAGUAUAACAGCCUGCAGAACAUGCAGCGCGGGGGCCUCUACAACCUGGCACCGGGGCUGCCACAGAUGGUUCCGCAGCAGAGCGCCAGCGGGCAGCCGGCCCUGCAGCGACAGGGCACCUUGGGCCAGGGCGCUGCCGUUCCUGCCGCCUACGGGCAGAACACCUUAGCAAACUCGAGUAUUUCUCAGCAGCACAAUAAAGGGGCACUGAACCCGACUUUAUCUAAGCCGCAGAUGGCGAGAGUACCGGCUGCUAUGGGAGCUCAAAAUCCAUCCUGGCAACACCAAGGUAUCCCUAAUAUUAACAGCCAGACGCAAGGAAAUGGUGGCUUAGGACCAUUUACUGCCAGCUCCUCUUUCCACAUGCAACAAACUCAUCUAAAGAUGGCCAACCAGCAGUUUGCUCAAGGAAUGCCUCAGGUAAGCCUAAGCACCAGCAGACCCAUGACCUCCAUGAACGCUGCUGUCUCUGGGCAGAUGUUGUCGUCGUCUUUAGGCGCGCAGCAGAGGACAAACCCACCUGCGCAGCAGCAGGUGCCCUCGCAGCAAGUCUUGCCCGGCAUGAACCAGACUGUUCCAGAUCUGGCUGCUUUCAACCAGAAUCCAAAUCAGCAACUGCCCAACAGGGGUAAUCUGCACUGUAGCCAAGGGUACCCAGUGAGGACAACCAGCCAAGAGCUGCCUUUUGCCUACAGCAGCCAGUCGGGCAAUAACGGACUUCAGAACUUAACUGGUGACACAGAUCUCAUAGACUCUUUGCUCAAAAACAGGACUUCAGAGGAGUGGAUGAAUGAUUUGGACGAGUUGUUAGGAACUCAUUAAAAUGGGGCGGGGGGUAUUUUUUUUUAAUUAUUUCAUGGAAUAUAAAUGACACUUGGACCAAAAAACCUGUGGCAUUGAGGAGACUUGCUGGCAUUAGAGGUAAACGGUUGGGAAAGGGACUGGAGCUGCUUCUCCAUGAACGUGGCCGCGUGCUCGCGGCGCGCCCAGGCAGCUCCGCAGGAGUCGUGCGGUUUGUCCUCAUGUCUCCAGGUUGUCGCACAGCCGAACAGGUCAAGCAGCGCUGUGCGCGUCCUAGCCAGCCUUUCAGAGAUCUCACUUGCAGUGUUCUGAGAAAUUAUUAUUUUUUAAUUAUUUAAAAAUGGAAUUCCACAGAAAUAGUUCAGAAAGAAAGCAGAUAGUUGCACAAAUUGUGGUUAGGGCUUAGUCUCCUGCAGCGAAUACUUGCGAUCGUUAUUGUCCAUAGCUUGACGUGCUAUUACAGUGCUUUCCAUCAGGCUUCUGACUUUUUAUUUGAGAAGAGGGUGUAUGCAACUGAGCACACUUGCAAGAUGUUUUCAGUUGUUUCUUUUUUCAUCGCCGAAGCGUGUGCCUGUACUCUCAAUCAAUAAGCAAGUGAUAUUUCAUGGUAAAUGUUCCUAGAUGCUGGUGAUAGAUGAAAGAAAGUAUUAAAACCUGGCCAGUUAGCCUAGGUAGUCUUCUUAAUAGAUUGUAGUCUUUUAAGCUGCAGUUUGCACUCUGUUUUAGAGGGGCACAGUUCUUGGCUUAUACCUUGCUGUGUUUAAAGGGGGAAUUUCUUAUGGGAGAACUUUUAAACUAUAGUAGGUUUAACAUGAAUUGUAAAGCCAUUUACUUUGCACCUGUUUCUUCAUAACUUAUUUCCAAAGGUAGUUGUAUUUAAAUGAAGGCUUUGCUUCAUGACAGUUCAUCUUGUUGUUUCUUUGUUGUAAAAAGUAGAACUAACUUUUGAGAGCAGUUAAUUCCCAAAAGUUACCAGUGGCGACAUGAGCACAAGACUUUGUCACUUCAGAAUAAAAUGAGGAGAAAUGAAUUUGGCUGAUGAGAGGUGAAAAGUCCUUAUCAGCAAUAAUAGCACAGGCAGCCUGGGAGUACUUGUUGUCAGGAUUGCUCCAAUAUGGAAGUCUCCCCCUUUAAA